UAGAAAUUAGCUCCGUGUUUAUUUUGAGCCGCUCGUUUUUAACAAUUUGACAGUAAACUGAUUUGGCAUUUAAUAGUAAAACGUUGUUUAAUAUAGUUGUCAUUCUCUUGGGAUACGAAUAAACAAAAGAAAUUUGGAAUCCUAAUACUAAUUAAGUCCAAUAUGUCAGAAGAAGAAUAUGAUUACAUGUCUGAUAAUAUAUUAACCCAAUGUGUCGAAGAUGUUAAACCAGGUCUUAUACAAAGUAGAGCUAAACAGAGACUCAUUGAAAUCACCAGAAAACAAGCCGAAGAAAAACUAAAAAAUAAACCUUUAAAAGUCGUUGAAGCAGAACGCAGAAAUGAGGGCCUCAACAAUGCUCUGGAUUCCGCUAACAAAGGCUUCUCUUUGUUACAAAAGAUGGGUUACAAGCCGGGUCAAGGAAUUGGCAAAGAUAAAACAGGACGGGUAGAACCUGUUGAAAUUAAUUUAAAAUCUAAUAGAGAAGGAUUGGGGCGUAAAAGUUAUAAUAGACCUCUAAAGAGUUCAUCAGAAGUUACUAAAUUAUCUCAAGAAUCUGUUUUGGAUUAUCGACGACAGAAAUCUAAAAAUGCUGAGAGUAAACGAGAUUUGAUAGAUUUAUUGAGAUGCCAGAAAGCUUGUCAUAGCUUAGAUAGCUCAAAAAGAACAUUUAUUGAGAGGAGCGACUAA